CUUCUCUUUUAUUCUAAAAAGAAAGAAAAAUAACGUUUAAGCAAGAAGCAUGUCUAACGAAGUUGUAGAAAGCUCUCAAUUGGCAUCCAAUUUAUUGGCAAACACGCCUACUUUGUCUUUUCCUUCUAAUCCUGUUGUUACGGAAGUCAAGCAUGUACCAAGACCAGAGAUCAACAUUAUUCGUCAUCAACCCAACAAACUAGUUUCAAACGGAGAAGAUAAUCAAGGCACAAGUAAGUCCACACGUAAAACGACAAACAAGCGAAACUGCGAAUACAAAAAAUACGAUGAUCACCAAAUCAGCGAAUACAUCAAUCUGAUCACCGAAGGCAUGUCUGUCAAAGAGGCUGCAAAGAAAUUGAAUAUCACGAUCAACACAGCUUAUCGAUACAGAAAGAUGUGGAAUACGGGUGGAGUGACACCUGUAAGGAAUAAGCGAGGUCCAGCUGAAGGCGCCAUGUCUAAAUUAAAAGAAGAGCAUACGAAAUUCAUCAUCAACUACAUUGAUAACGAAAAAAAAGAUGGUGCAUUGAUUCAUAUCCGAGACGCUCUUCGAAGAGAGUUUCCUGAUUUAGAAGUCUCUUCUUCUGCUUUACAUAGACACAUGAAAGCCAAAUGUGCCAUCAGUCUUAAACGCCUACAUACUCCACCAGAGAGUCGCAAUGAUGCUGAUUUGCUUGCUGCUAUUGAAACCUGGUUAGCAAGUAAAGACAUGGACUUUGAAAAAAACUGUGUGUUUGUUGGUGAGGCAAGUUAUAGCAUGCAUACUUCUCGACAUCAUGGAUGGAAGAAUCGAACGAAAAAUGGAGAAGCGGUGAUUGCUCCACCUCCUGUGCCUACUAACUCAAUGGGUGGUGUGAGUAUCUUUAUCUUGGGAGCCAUUUCAGCGAAAGGUGUGAUUAAUGUAUCAACAAGAAAAGCUACUACUGUUACCACAACGACAACUCAAGGAGAAAGAAGACACCCUGAUGGCACACUGAUGGACUCUUUUGAAAAUGAUCAGUUCUUUAUGUAUUUGAUGACUGUGCUUGAUAUAUUGGAUAAACACGGAUUAAACGGAUUUUAUCUGUUGAUGGAUGAUGCCUCUGUUAAAGAACCUGUUUCGGUCAAAAGAAGGAUUGAAGAGCGAGGCUACAAAUGUGCCUUCUUACCUACUGUCUUGCCUUUUCCUAAUCCAAUUGAAAAGUUUUGGUCAAAGACAGUAGGAGGGAUUGAUCGAUCACCGCUUGUCAAUGCUGAAAUCAGCAGCAGAAUUGCACAAGCAUGCUUAAAGGUCACGCCAAAUGACUGUUGUGAAUGGAUUCGGCAAUCAAUUCCAUACUCUCCCCUUCGUUUAUCUUCAGGCGGAAGAGGAACAACCAGUUAAACAUGUCAUGUAUUUUAUUUUAUUUUUAUGUAAUAAACCUUUCAAAUGAUCAAUUGUACACUGUUUUGAUCAAAC